GGGAGGCGGGGCCUAAGCCGGGCCUGUAUUGGCUCCACGGUGCCGGGACAUGGGGCUGCGGCUGGGUGGGUAGUGCAGGGAGCCGCUUGGCAUUGUGGGCACGGAGCCUAGGCUGGACCCCAGCGUCGCGGCCUGGACACCGGAUCCGGCAAGGCGCGGAGAAAAACUACCUGAAUACUUCUUCUCUAGUUCUUGUGGAGGGGUGAAAAGUGUCCUCUUGGCUACCCGACUCAAUGGGAAGGAAGAAUUUUUUAAUUCCACCCAGCCAGACCACUAGAUUUCACCACACUUGCCUGUGACAGCUCCUGUGGGAUAAGCUGGGACUGAAGCAUCUGGCAGUGGCUUUCACGUCUUUACCUGCCACGAUGAAAAGUUGCAUGAGGUCUUCGCUGAUCUACAUGUAAUCAACAAAUUUGUCAAACUCCCGUGUGAUCUACAACCUUCACAAGCAGACAAAAUGAAGCUAACGCAUACUAUCAAUCCUGUUUUUCUGCAGUUAAUAAACUUCAUAAUAUUGGUGUACACGUUUAUAACAUACGUUCCAUGGUACAUACUAUCUGGCUCAAGACAGACCUUAGCAAAAUCAAAACAAAUUAAAGCUAAACCUGUGACAAACAAACCUGGUAGUUCAUACAGGUCUGUUAACAGUUUGCAUUGCUUAGCUUCCGUUUUAUAUCCUGGAUGUGACACACUCGACAAAGCUUUCAAGUAUGCUAAAACUAAAUUUAAGGACAAAAAACUCUUAGGAACACGUGAAGUCUUGAAAGAGGAAGAUGAAAUCCAGCCCUCUGGAAGAGUUUUUAAAAAGGUCAUCCUUGGAAAAUACACUUGGCUCUCAUAUGAUGAAGUCUACAUUAAAGCUACUAAUUUUGGAAAUGGCUUAGCAAUAUUGGGGCAGCAACCGAAGACUAACAUUGCCAUCUUCUGUGAGACUAGAGCAGAGUGGAUGAUCGUUGCACAGGCCUGCUUUAUGUGCAAUUACCAACUUGUUACACUGUAUGCUACUUUAGGAGGCCCAGCAAUAGUACAUGGAUUAAAUGAAAGUGAGGUGACAACCAUCAUUACUAGUAAAGAACUGAUGCAAACAAAAUUGAAGGAAAUUGUUUCUCAGGUUCCACUAUUGCGACAUAUUAUUACUGUGGAUGGCAAACCAACAACAUGGUCAGAAUUCCCCAAGGGUGUCAUUGUUCACACUAUGGCUUCCGUGCAAGCAAUGGGGGCCAAGGCAGAUAAUGUAAGCAAACAGCAGGCCAGGCCUGUACCCUCAGAUAUUGCAGUAAUCAUGUACACAAGUGGAUCUACAGGACUUCCAAAAGGAGUCAUGAUUUCUCAUAGCAACCUUAUUGCUGGUAUAACUGGGAUGGCUGAAAGAAUUCCUCAUUUGGGGGAAAAAGACAUUUAUAUUGGAUAUUUGCCUCUUGCUCAUGUUCUGGAAUUAAGUGCUGAACUUGUUUGUCUGUCUCAUGGAUGCCGUAUUGGUUACUCCUCACCCCAGACAUUAGCUGAUCAGUCCUCUAAAAUAAAGAAAGGAAGCAAAGGAGAUGUUACUAUGCUUAGACCUACCCUAAUGGCAUCUGUACCGGAAAUCAUGGAUCGGAUCUACAAAAAUGUCAUGAAUAAAGUGAACGAAAUGACCAGUUUCCAAAGGAAUCUGUUUAUAUUGGCCUACAAUUACAAAAUGGAGCAGAUUUCAAAUGGCUACACUACGCCACUUUGUGACAGCCUUAUUUUCCGGAAAGUACGACUGCUGCUAGGUGGUAAAAUUCGCGUCCUACUAUGUGGAGGAGCUCCACUUUCUGCUGCAACUCAGAGAUUUAUGAACAUCUGUUUCUGUUGCCCUGUGGGACAGGGAUAUGGACUAACUGAGUCAGCCGGGGCUGGAACAAUCACUGAAGUUUGGGACUACACUACAGGGAGAGUAGGAGCACCUUUGGUUUGCUGUGAAAUCAAAUUAAUGAACUGGGAAAAAGGUGGAUAUUAUAAUACUGAUAAACCGUAUCCUAGAGGUGAGAUUCUUAUUGGAGGCCAAAAUGUGACCAUGGGCUACUACAAAAACGAAGAACGAACCAAAAAAGAUUUCACUGUGGAUGAGACUGGACAGAGGUGGCUCCAUACUGGAGACAUUGGAGAGUUCCAUGCAGAUGGAUGUCUAAAAAUAAUUGAUCGUAAGAAAGACCUUGUAAAACUCCAGGCUGGAGAAUACGUCUCUCUUGGCAAAGUUGAGGCUGCUUUGAAGAAUCUUCCACUGGUAGAUAAUAUUUGUGCAUAUGCAAGCAGUUUCCAGUCUUAUGUCAUUGCAUUUGUUGUGCCAAAUCAAAAGGAACUUACAGAACUAGCUCGAAAGAAAGGAUUUAAAGGAACGUGGGAAGAGAUCUGCACCAGUGCUGAAAUGGAAAAAGAGGUACUGAAGGUAGUAACUGAAGCUGCUAGCUCAGCUCAUCUGGAGAAAUUUGAAAUACCAGUAAAAAUUCGUUUGAGCCCUGAUCCUUGGACCCCUGAGACUGGUCUGGUGACAGAUGCCUUCAAAUUAAAACGCAGAGAGCUUACAUCACACUACCAGAUGGACAUUGAUCGAAUGUAUGGAAAAACAAAAUAAUUCUUUUCCUGCGCUUCUUUGCUACAGUGAGCUCGGAUCAAAUAGGAAAUACUUGAAUCUCAUGUCUCAGUACUUGAGACCAACACACAAAAACACCAUUCCUCAUUUUCAACUUAAACUGAUAACAUCAACAUCUUUGACUGUCAGGAUUAGUAAAAUGUUAAGGCAGCAAACUUGUGUCUGUCUCCUUCUUUCCAGUAUUCUCUGCUAUCCUGUCAAUAAUUGGAUUUUCCUGAGUUCUUUUGGGAAACUGUGUGAUUUUUGAAGCCUCAAGUUUUUAAAUAUGAUUUAUAAAUCCUGUAUAAUGUUCGGUUUGCAACUUUUUAAAGUUUGGAUGUACAGGCGGAUAACUUGGCUAUGUAAGAAAUGGUUAUUCUGGGGGCCUUUUUUAUAUAAGUAUUUAAAUAUAAAAACUUAUUGAUGUUGUGAAAUUAUGUAAUCUGAAAAUGCUUAUAAAUCAAAUCACUGUUGGACGGAAGACCAGAUUAUUUUGUUGCUGUGCAAUUGUUCUUUGUAAAUUUAAGAAAGAAAAAGUCUGACAUUCUGACUUAUGAAAUACACCUGAAAUAUGUGCCUGAUGGUUGAUCCUUAAAUAUUUUAUUUUUUACCUGAAAAAGAAAGGUGGGCAUGGCACAGCACUGUAUAUAAGCAGACAGCCCUGGAGAAUAUGUUGUUUGAGGCUUUAUUAAUGCAAAAGAUGCUAUUUAACACACCAAAAGCUACAUCUGUGAAUAAUCUGUCUAAUAUUGAAAUUCACUUUUAAAAUAUCUUCAGGCCAUUUUGUACAGAAGUUAUAUUGUUUAAGAUUUGUGAGAACUUUUAAGUGUUAAGUAAAAUGAAUUCAGAAAGUUUGGCGGGACUUUAACAAAAUCAUCUCUUUUCUCAUCAGUCUUACGUACACAAUUCAGGUUUUCCGUUUUGUUGCUUGUAAAUCAUUGAUAACAGUCAUGUUCAAACCUAGCUGCAGCCCAAAUCUUUUGGAGGGAAAUUUCUUAAAGGCCCAAAAUGUCCCAUUAGGUACCAGUUGGAAGUGGGCACUUAACUGCCAUUUGUGCCUUUGAAAAAUCUUCCCCCUAAAUUAAUAAUUUAAUGUUUUUGUUUAUCAUCUUUUUUUCUUUGAAGGCAGAUGUCUGAAGUAUUGUACGUUAAGAGUCAUAUUUAUUUUACUUGGUUGGUUGUUUAAUUGUUGCACCCAAAUUCUUGAUUUAGUUGAUUAUAAAUAGUCCUGUGAAGCUUUCAUUUCCAGAGUUCUGGGUGCUAGCUAGGUCUAAAGUGAGAGCCUCUAGAUUGGUUUCAGAUAUGUAUUUUAUUAUUAGUUUUUUAAUAUAUUAAUUUAGAGAAAAUAUUCUGAUCAGGGUCACAUGAGAACAUGGAAAGGCAUACAUCAGUAAAUUUUGUGGUGGACCAGGUAUUAAAAGGGCUUUAAUUUGCUGAAAUUUCUUUCCUCAUAGGGGAUAUGAAAUUAUAAUGUAAAAAGUCAGGUCUUCAUGCUUGCUUGAUGCAAUAGUUUGAUAACAGAGCAUUGGCUGUACAAAAGACUUGCAGUACCUAAAACCAACCUUUUCUGCUGUUAACAUUGGUAAAGCUUUAAGUUGGGAGUUUUAGGAGAAGGUUUCACACAAACUCUGAUGAAAAAAUUAAUUCUGAAGUAUAUGAAAAUUGACACUCCUUGUUCAGUUGUAUAGGAGACCAAAGUCAGGUAGGUUCCCUGUGCUGGUGAAAGCUGAACGUAUCAUACCUAGUUUCAGUCACUUAAAUAAUGGAAGAGUGAGCUGUAUUUUUAAUAGGUCUUACUGGAUUGCCAUGGAUUUGCACUGUUGUGCAAAUGGACUGGGAAUUGGUCCUGCUUCGAGCAGGGGGUUGGACUAGAUGACCUUCUGGGGUCCCUUCCAACCCUUAUAUUCUGUGAUUCUAUGUUGGUGCUGGAGAACUCUCUGGACCUUUUGGUGAGGUUUGGUGUAUUUAGUCAAAUGGAAUUGUCAGAAUUAAAAGGGGUUCAAAAUCACAUUUGUAUGAGUAAUGAGGCCGUUGUAAUCCAGGCUAUACAUGAUCUGAAUCUUAAAGAAGUUAUAAACACAUGAUAGAUAUAUACAGAUAAGACUAAAUGUAGGUUGCAUCCGAUGAAGUGAGCUGUAGCUCACGAAAGCUUAUGCUCAAAUAAAUUGGUUAGUCUCUAAGGUGCCACAAGUACUCCUUUUCUUUUUGCGAAUACAGACUAACACGGCUGUUACUCUGAAACCUAAAUGUAGGAAAGUAAGUGAUUGAAGAAUGGGAGCACAUGAACUGUCAAGUUCAAAGGAAAAGUGUCGUCAUGUUUUAGUUAUAGAAAAAUGUUUAAUAAAAUAUAGAUUUGCACUCUGUCAAAUGGCAUCAAGAAGCAAUAAGGUUCAUAAAUAGAGCCUGCAUUUGAAGCAAUGAUAUACUUUGCUUAAAGUUGCAAGUAGCUUUUUUGUGAUCCUAGAAAAACAAAAAUAAUCCAAAAAAUGGCUAACGUAAUAUGGCCAGCAUCUUAAGACCACUUGUACUCUGUAGUGUAUUAAUAAAAUUCUAAAUUUGAUUAACCCAGAAGAAGAAUUCUGAAAGAAAUAGUAUUUUAAAGUAUGCUAAGUUCUUAAAUGCACUUUGGAUAAAUCACAGAAAUUAACAGAUGUUUUAACAUUAGUUUGGAAACAAGUCUUCACUUUCCUUCCAGCUCUGCCAGAAGGUUGAACUGUAAUCUAACUCUGCAUCUGUUUUUCAAUCCAGUUUUCUUUUCUGAUGUACUUUUAAGUUGAUGUAGACAAAUAGUUCCAGUUUCUGUUGAGAUCAGAUUGGUUUUGUAAAAGAUAAAGCUUUUGUUUCCUCUAAGUGAAAAUAAACCGGUAGAACAAUUUUAAAGAGAAAAGGGCCUUUGAAUUUUUGGGUGGGCCUAAAAAAUAUUUUUUGGUAAGUAUUAUUAUCCUGUCUCAAAGAUGGGGGAACAAAUGGCCUGAUCCUCUGAGGUUCUGAAUAUCUGCAACUCCUGUUGAAGUCACUUGUUGUGGGUACUCAGAUCUUCUCUGGAGCAGGCUCUAAGGCAGAAAAGUUACACUAAAUGACCAGGGCCACAAAAGAAGCCCGUGUCAUAACUGACAUUAAAAUGCACGUGUCCCUUGUGAUUGUAGUCCAUCGAGCAAUGAUAUCUCUUGCGUGCUUGAGCUGCCACCAUCCUUUCAUCUUGUGAUCAUGGGCCAUGCUAGCUGCUUAGCAGAGGAACAAUUCAAUUAGGAGGCGGUUCAUGGGAACCCUAAUGGUAGCAGUCAACAUGAUGCCAGACUCCAAUUAUGAACUGGUCUGGGGGGCUUUUUUCUCAGCCCUCAAAAGUGAAAGAAAUCUAGCAACCUGAUGGAAUAGAUUUAGCCUCCACAUUUUCAAGGUUCUCAUAAUAAGAACAUGGGGUGGGAACUGCCGCUGAGAGUCUAUUCUGGCCCUAAAAGUUGGCCUUUGAAAAGAAGCAUCUUGACAAGAAGCAAUUUAAAAUUCCUAAAAUUCUGAAUCUGUGGGAUAGUAGUGAUCAUUAGCUACUUAUCCCCAUGUGGAAAUGUGCAUAGCUAUGAAUUUUGAAUUGCAGUAUAAAAGAGGACUAACUGACCUAGUAAGAACCAGGACUGAAGAUGAAUAGUUGGCACACAUCUUCUGGUGUUGGUUUUUGAAAUGUUUCAAGACUUUAGACUGACACUUCAAUCUAGAUGUCACAAGUGUUCUUUACAGGGAAUAAACAAAGCUUGUUUGGAUGUGGUUAGGAAAUUAAAAAUUAGAGGUCAGAAAAGACCUGGCAAGUUUACUGAUGCUGUUACUAUUGCAGUUUACAGAAAAAUUGACUGUACCUCAAGGGGAAGCUGUGUCUUCUCAGCAGUAAAACAUUUUGCUGAAGUUGAAGUUCAAAGCGGUGUGCAAUUGAAACUAAAAAUAUAGCACAUAGAUAUGUGCUAACAAGUUUAUAAAUAGGAUGAAGAGAAAUGUACGGAAUUGAAACCCUACAUAAAAACAUUCUGCAAAGCUUGUAAAUUUAGGCAGAAACUGCCACAGGGGAUAAGAGUCCAUGGAAGUAAACUUUUAUAUGUAUGCUGCUGAAAUUGGCAAGCUUUUCUUCUGUAUUAGAACUCCACUUAGACCUUGUGUUGCAGCAUUUUUUUUUUUUUAAUAAAUGUGGUGUAUUCAUUCGUUUGAGCUUGUAAGACAAUUGUAUACAUCUGUGUCUUCCAUACUGGUUAAGAGGAGGGGUCUCCUUUUAAGUUUGAACACAUUAGACCAGUCUGAAAAUGUAAUUGAAUGACCAGUUGUAUAAUACUAUAAUUGGUUAUUUAAUGCAAACUCAUUUUCAAUGUAAUCUUGGUUUGGUUGUUAAUGUGAACUGCCUGAAAAAGUGUAUAUCAUAACUGAUUUAUAUUGUAUGAAUUAUUUAUUUGUAAUUGGACAUUAAGUUUAAAAAAUAAAGGAAGAUAAAAUUGAGUUUCACAAAUUAA